AUGUCGUUUCUGUUCAAGUCGUCCAAGAAACAGCAGGGCUCUGCGCUACCUGCUGCGACGCGCAACAUCAAGUCUUCGGACGGCCCCGGUCCUCCCUCGAAUAUCCCCUCGGCUUCUGGACAUGCGCGAGACGGCUCCAAUGGUAGCCCGAGAGAGAAGUCCCAGCAGACCCCUACGCCCGGCACCAGUGUCAACUCGCUCAAUUCACUGGGUGAGAAGCUACAAGAUAGCCCUCAAUGGUCGUCCGAAAAGCCCUCGAACACACCCAGCCCCGAGCAAAAGGCUUUGCGCGACCGUGCCGACAGCGACUUACAACAUGAUUCCUCGCCGUAUCCCUGGUCCCAGCGACACCUAAACUUCACCGUCCCUACGAACCAUCCUUUUCCUCGCUAUGGCGCCGCUGCCAAUUCACUCUCUUCCAAGGAUGGCUCCAUAUACAUCAUGGGCGGUUUGAUUCACGGCUCGACGGUCAAGGGCGACCUUUGGAUGAUUGAGGCUGCUCCCAACAACCUCAGCUGCUACCCUGUGGCAACCACUUCCGAGGGCCCUGGUCCGAGAGUCGGGCAUGCUGCCUUGCUUGUUGGAAAUGCUUUCAUCGUCUUUGGAGGAGAUACAAAAACGGACGAGACCGACAUGCUCGACGACACCCUUUACUUGCUGAACACUUCUACUAAGCAAUGGUCAAGAGCCGCCCCAGCAGGCCCUCGUCCUCCGGGUCGUUAUGGCCACUCCCUGAACAUCAUCGGCUCCAAGAUCUAUAUUUUCGGCGGUCAAGUCGAAGGCUUCUUCUUUAACGAUCUAGUCACGUUUGACCUCAAUGCGCUCCAACAGGCUAGCAAUCGGUGGGAGACGCUGAUCCAGAACACUAUCGAUGGAGGCCCUCCACACGGACAGAUUCCUCCAGCACUUACCUGGUUCAGCGACGUCUGGUCCUAUGACCCCCGAACCAAUUCUUGGUCGCAACUUGAAUGCAUCGGCUACAUCCCAGUAGCGCGUGAGGGACAUGCAGCUGCGUUGGUUGGCGACGUCAUGUAUGUGUUUGGAGGCCGUACUGAAGAGGGCAACGAUCUCGGUGACCUUGCGGCUUUCCGCAUCACAACUCGGCGUUGGUACACUUUCCAGAACAUGGGUCCUUCGCCCUCACCACGUUCCGGACAUAGUAUGACUGCUUUCGGGAAACACAUUGUUGUUACUGGUGGUGAGCCAAGCUCAGCUCCGCGUGAUGCUGACGAACUCAGUCUUGCCUAUUACUUGGAUACUAGUAAGAUCAGGUAUCCUAACGACUCCCAGUCACAAAUGCCUGCCGACCAACGAAUUCAGGGUCACAGACGUCCAAGUGGUGAACGGACUGGUAUCCCGCAGAGUCGUGCCGCCCUUCGAGAUCAAGCAGAUUUUGAUGGUCCACGACGCCCUGGCAGAGAUAGUUCCGUUCCAAUCAACCGAGCUCCUGAUCAAAUGACUGUAGGUUCAAAACUGCCUCGUGCCGCUGGAUCCUCAGGACCCGGUCCAGUGCCUCAACAGCAACAACAACAAAACAAGCCUACAACACCACCGAGUCGUCAACCGACCAGACCAGAACGUGCGCUGAGCCCGAACCAAGCUGGCGCGUCACCCACUGUUACGCCCACUCAACCAAUGCAUCGUAAGCAUCCUUCACUUCGAGACUUGGAGUCACAAGAACGAUUUGACCGUGGAUCACCUGUCGACAUGUCCCGUCAUCCUGCCCAACGAGAAAUCGUAGCAGAUAAUGCUCGUCAGGAUGUGCAGAGAGAAGCCCUUGUCGACAGCGCACUGGACCAAGCAACUAGUUCUAAUCAAGAUACCGACGAUCUCACCAAGGAGCUGGAAAAUGAGAAGACCAAGAACGCCUGGUUCGCUUCGGAGCUUGCACUAGCACGAAAGGCAGGUUAUUCACGUAGCACCACAAAUACUCCAGCCUUCGACGAACGUUCUACCGAUGCAUUCGGCGAUGAUGACAGACCUCUAGUGGAAGCUUUGCUCCGUAUGCGCGCAGAGUUGGCCAAGGUGCAGGGCUCUAUCGACAGUCAAGCAGAAGCUGCGGCCGCGCGUAUCGCUGAAAUCGAAAAGCAGAGGGAUACCGCCAUCAGCGAGGCCGUCUUUGCUAAAGCAAAACUUGCAGGUCAAGGCGGUGCUUCACCUAUACUGGACUCUAGUCGACAUGGCACUCCUGACACGGAUCGCGUUGGUGACAUGAACAGACGACUUGCAUCUUCACUGGCAGCUCAGACCGAGUUAUCCCGUAAGAUCGACAGCCUCAUCCACGAAAAGGAAGCCGAGAAGCAAGCUCGGCUGUUGGCAGAGGAGACUGCGGAAGCGGCCCAGCAACGCGUCACCGAACUCAACACGGACAGACAACGCAUUGCAUCCGAGAUUGAGUCACUACGCGACGAGUUGCAUGAAGCUCAGAAGACUGCCAGAGAGGCCUCUGCCAAUCAUGCCGAUGCGCUCGCCUCCCACAAACUUCUCGCUGUUGACAAGACUGAACUCACCACUAAACUUGAGAAUACUCUAGCAGAAGCGGCGGAACAUGGUGUGGUUCUUGGGUCUUUACGUGAAGCACUGGCAGCGUCCACCGACAAAUCCAAUCUUCUCGAGGAUCGCCUCGAAGAAGAGAAGACAGGGCGAAACGAGCUCGAACAGCAACUCUCUCAACUUCGGUCGCAACAUGAAGAGCGUGCCAUGGAGCUUGAAACUACUAGCCGUCGCCUCAGAGAUGCAGAAGGUCUUGCCGAAAAACACGCAGCCGAAGCGCGUACUCAUCGUCAAGCUGUCCUAGACGGCCUUGGAAAGAUUUUUAACCGUAGUUCGGAUACUAGCAGCAUUGUUGACGAGCGAGUUACCAUCCUCCAUGGCCAAGUCGAAACGGCCAACACCAUGGCUAGGCAAAAUCAAGCUGCAGCGGACCUUGCCUCCGAGAAGUUGCGUCGUGCGGAAGAGCGUAUUGCUGGACUUGAGUCCUAUCAAGAGCAGGCCUCUCGCGAAGGCUUGACGAUUCGAAAGCAGCUUCAGGCAGCACUCAAGGAAGCCAGAACUUUAGCCGAAGAACGAGCUGACCUGCAGCAGCAGUUGCAGAGUCAGCAGCUUGAAACAAAUGCCAUUGCUGUGCAGCACGGUGCACUCAAAGACAUCCUGUCUGAGCGUGGUGUCAACCCUGUUGAUGUGCGCAAGUCUCGAGGCUUUGACUCGCCUUCAUCGCAGAUCAGAUUUGGCACUCCCGAUAUCCAGCGUGUCAAGGAAUUGGAGCAGCAACUAGAGGCUAAUCUCAGAGCGCACGAAGAGAUGAAGACUAGCCUUGAAGAGAUGCAGGAUCGCGAGGGUCUUACAAGGAAGGAAUACGAGGAGAAGCUUACGACAUUGCACACCGAUCAUCAGGCUGCUGUAAAGUACCUUCGUGGUACUGAGAAGAUGCUCAGCAAGAUGAAGCAGGAACUGCAGCGUGUGAAGAAUCAAGCUGCUGAUUAUGCCAAGGAACUGGAAACGAUGCGUGCCAAAGAGAACGACACCCGUAGCUUGGACCAUGAGUCCAACGCCAAUCACAAUGACGAAAGAGAUGGCCUCCGAAAAGAUCUUGAAAAGAUGAAGACUAACCUAGAGGCUCAAAUUUCGAGUCUCCACCAUCAGCUUGGUGAGAGAGAAACCGAUCUCAGCACUCUGCGUAGCUCUCACGAAACAACGCAAUCGAACUUUGCCGCUCUUCAAUCAACUCACGAAGUCUCACGAGCAGACCUUGAGCGUCUGCAAAGGGAGAAUGCGCAACUGGAGGAGCGUGCUCGAGAUGCUGAGAACAAGGUGCAACUUCUACUUGAUCAGGUAGAGUCUUCUGUCGACAACUACCGGCGCCAAUCGUCAAUGCCAAACGGCAACACGAAUGGUUUCGGCCACCACAGAGCGUUGAGCAAUGUGAGUGCCAGCACUGCCAACUUCAUACCUGCGCACUCUCGAGGCCACUCUCGAGGCGAAUCGAUGGGAGGUGACAGUAUCUACUCCCAGAGUAUUACAGCUUCAGAGAGUGGCGAGAUCGAAGCGCCAGACGGACGUGAUAGCCUCGCGCUCGACAAUCUGGCCACAGAGCUGGACGCUUUGCGCACGCAGUGGGAGACGACCAACAAGUCAUACCGCAUCAGUGAUCUCGAUUUCGAGAAGACUCCGACAAGUGGCACUGCGCCAGCUGAGUUUGGUCUGGACAACUGGAGACGCGGAUUGGAGGUUGGUCACGAUGACGAUGAUGAACGACCGAGCACAUCAGGUUCAGCUGCUCCACCUGUUGCCUCUUCGUCAAGCGCGGCUGCACACCCAGCCGUCAAGGAAAGGGUUUGA